CAAAAGCCCCUUGUUUACAAACCCUUCAUUCUUGAAAACCUCCCUGUCUCAUCCCCUGCUUUUAAGACGCAGUGAGAGAGUUUACUGUACCAAACAUCAUCAUAGCUAGCUUCAAUUUAUCUGAUGAACCACAUGGCAUCUUGCUCCUUCAACAUAGAAUCGUUGCCCCACGAUUGUGUUUCUGAAAUCUUGUCACACACAUCACCUUUAGUGGCAUGCAUAGUUUCACUUGUCUCCCCCUCCCUUUGCUCAUGCGCCAACUCUGACACCGUUUGGAGAAGCUUCUUGCCCUCUGAUUACGAGGACAUUGUUUCACGUGCUGUGAAUCCCUUCACCCUCAGUUUCUCUUCAUACAAGCAACUCUUCUAUUCACUUUGCCACCCCCUCCUCAUUGACCAGGGCAACAAGAGCUUUAACUUGGAAAAGUCUUCGGGUAAAAAAUCUUAUAUCAUAUCUGCAAGGGAAUUGUCAAUAGCAUGGAGCAGCGACCCAAUGAUGUGGAGCUGGAAACCAAUUCCUGAAUCAAGAUUCGCAGAGGCGGCUGAGCUGAGAACAGUGAGUUGGUUAGAAGUUGAAGGAAAAAUCAGAACGCGGAUUCUAACGCCAAACACGUCAUAUUUGGCUUAUCUGAUAAUGAAUGUUUCACAUCGAGCUUAUGGGCUUGAUUUUGCGCCGUCGGAGGUAUCGGUUAUGGUUGGAAACAAAGUGCACAGAGGGAAGGCGUAUUUGGGGGAUAAAGAUGAGAACAAGCGUGAGAUGGAGGCUCUGUUUUACGGGAACAGAACAGAGGUAUUGAGAAACGCAGCGUUUCAAGAGGGGAUUCCUUUUCCAUCGAAAAGAGAGGAUGGGUGGAUGGAGAUUGAGCUCGGGGAGUUCUUCAGUGGUGAAGGAGAUGAAGAGAUCAAGAUGAGUCUCAGGGAAGUGGGUUAUCAAUUGAAAGGAGGGCUUGUUCUUGAAGGCAUCCAAGUCAGACCUAAAACAUCAUAGAUGAAUGCAAGCAAGACUCGUUAAUGGAUUUUUGUACUUGCCUCAUAAUUUUCUAUUUUCUAAUAAACUUCAAAUAUCUAUAACUAAAAAAUAAUAAUCUUAUUUGAUUUCGAUA